AUGGCGCCCAAACGAGGGCCAGGACGCUCGAAGAAGGCGACGACUACCACCACCACUACGACUGCGACCAGGGGCGGCGCCGUGAGAGGAGGGAGAGGAGGCAGAGGCAGAGGAGGAGCUUCUGCGAGGGGUGGUGCCACUACGAGGAGCACACGAGCGACGACAGCUACCGCGACAGCCCAGGCGAACGACACACCGGCAUCUGGCCGUGUUACGAGGUCUACCGUGAACGCUGCCACGAACCCUCUCACUCAAGCCUUGGCCGAUCCGCGGACUAUUGAGAGGGAGGGUCGGGCUGCUGCGAGGGCGAGGGCUCAGGCUCGGACCCAGGCUCGGGCUGAAAAUGAGGCGGCUCGGGCUAGGGUCGCUCGAGCGGCUGAAGCAGAUGCACAGGCACGUGCACGAGCAGAAGCGGCAGCACAGGCCCAAGCAGAAGCGGCCAGGGCUGCAGCGGAACUGGAAGCAGAAGGGGUAUUGGAUGGAAUAGAGGAUGCUGCUGCGAGAGCUGCGAGAGAGGCGGCGGCGGCGGCGCAGGCAGCACGAGAGGCAGCAGCACGAGACGCCCAGCAACAACAGCAGAACGCACAGCCGGCCGGCAAUGCACCACCGCCGCAAACUCCAGGCCCUGGCAGCGGAUCUAAUCAAGGCUCGCCUCGGCCAAGUGGACGUCCGAGUCGAGGAUCUCAGCCUCCCACUUCUGCCGCCGACUCAGGGGCUACUGGACGUGCAAUUCAAGGGACUGGCCCGACUACGGUUCCGGCGACGACUGGCCCUACUAUAACCGGCAAUGAUGGUCAGUCUUCGACGCAGGCUGGGCCUUCUUCGACGCCUGAGCAGAGUGCGAAGUCGAAAGGAAAGCGCCCUCUUGAGGGGCACGGGGCUGGUGGACGCCCGCUCAAGAAAAUUAGGUUGAGUCGAAAGGGCAAGCAGAACGAGACGACCACCAAGGAUUAUCCAGAGGAUAAGCCUUUCGAGGGCUUGUCUGAACGGCUCCAAACCCUUGGGACCAACCCGCGUACACCCCUCCAGCGAGUCGUAACGUUGGGCGAGUCGCUGGAGGAUGAAGUUGUCUGGCGAGCGAUCGCGACCGUCACUCAAGCCGUUACGCAAACGGAGGGCGGGCCUCAAUUUACGCUCCUUGAAGUCGACGCCUGGCAAUUGGCCCUGGCAGGGUUUGCAGUUGGCCCAGAUGUGACUCUCCGGCUGGGCAAUGAGACGUUCAUUCCCUGGACAAUGGAAAGUAAUGAGCUUGGCCACACUUCACUAUUCAUUUUGGGACGCAACUCCUCGCAGCAAUUCACCUUGCGUCACUACGAUACCGCCAACAGACUCAGGACUCAUCGGAACGGAUUUCGUGCCCAAGGAGAUGCGAUCAGGAGAACGCUACACACCCUGGGCUGGCCACAGCAAGACGCAAACUUGACAAUCCCUGCAGCGACCGACACACAGCACAGAGGCAGACAGACACGGGGCGCAGGCUGGGUGUGUGGAAUCUACGUGACCCUGUUUUCCUGGUGUCAUGCUCUCGGUCUGGAUUUUUCUGGAUUCAGGGAAAUUCCCGGCGGAACAGCCAGAGUGAACUCCUUCCACAACCAAGCCGUUCAAUUGAUCACCCUAGCGCUGAAUGGCCUCUUGGACCACGAGACCCUCCGAGCGUUCUUGCGGUGCUACAGGUUCGUACCUCAUGACGCUCAGAUCCCGGCAAACCGACGUUUCGGACGCACCGUUACGCUGCGGAACGAAGGGGACAUCCCGAGGUACAUUGCCGCCACGAAUCGGUUCCUGCAGGUCUUCAGGGGCUUUGGCUCGGAGCUCUUAAACGGAGCUUUACCGGAAAGAUUCCUGCGAGAGAUCACGGCGUUGUAUCCCGACGCUUGGAUGCAAUGGACUGCGGAAGACUUUUUCGAUUUUCUGAAUGAGGAAGUUGAACAUUUGCAUGGACCACUCCAUAAAAGAACAGACAGGGGCUCUGGCGGUGGUCCUGGCCCUUCUUCCGGUGGCGGUUCUGGUGCUGGGGGCGGGUCCAAUGCUCAGGGGAAACGCCCAGAGGGCAGUAAAGAUGGCGAGAAUCGCAACGGCGAGAAAGAUGGCAGCCCUGGGAAGAAUGGCUCUAGCGCCAACAAGAAAAGAAAACAAAAGGAAGGCGGCCAGCAGAAUUGCCAAGAUGCUCCUCCGCAAGAGGAACCAGAUCCAUGUCAGAGAUUCAGUGAUGCUUUGCAGCAAAUAGCAGCUGCCAACACGCCAAUACACAUCGAGAAUCCUGCUCGGGUUAACGUCUUGUUGGAAGAUGAUACUGUGUUCAGGGCUAUCGCUGCCGUCACUGAAGCUGUGUCUGAACGUGGUACGGUCCGCUUCUCCAUUUUUGACAGCAUCGACAUCCAACGAGCAGACCGAACCGCAAGUGUCGAGGUCAGCCAGCGGCUUGCCAGGCCAAGAAAUGAUGUGCUCGUUGCGUACGUUCCAACCCAACGUCAUGUAUCACUGUUCGCUUUUACUAGGACGGAGAACGACAACUUCGAUGCGGUACAUUACGAUAGUGCUGCCAACGCUGGCCAUCGCGCAAAUUUGGGCAAUACCGUCGCAGGCGUUACACAUACACUGAACCGUCUGGAUUGGCUUAGAGUGCGAGGCCAAGGACGUCGGUAUGGAAGACCUGCAUCUAUCACGGGCAUCGAAACUGCUCAACAAAUGGAUGCGACGUCAUGCGGUAUGCAUGCCAUUCUAAAUGCUUGGACAAUAGCGCUAGGCUUGCAGCUAUCUCAACAGAACACGAUGACCCACGGCAGAUAUAUGACUGACUUCCGCCCGAACGCAGCGAGGCUCAUCAACUAUGCCUUGGAGGGCCGCGUGGACAGCGGUACCAUUGAAGCAUUCCUCAGGUGUUAUGGCUACAUUACCGGGGGAGCCACUGUGCCAGCAGAGCGUACCUUCGACAGAACCGUUGCACUGCCCAGAACAAUCGACCUUGGCGAUCGUGUGGCUCGGGUCCGGAUCCAGGAUGGACUUGAUGCGUAUGAAUCGGAUCAUCCUGGUGUGCUCUGGUACCGAAACCUCGAUGAACUUCUGCAGUUUUUGGGAGAAGAUCAAAACCGUGAUCUGGGUCUGGCGGGAUACACUGCUCAACAGUUCAUAGAUUUGGUCAGACACGAGCAGACUGCGCGACUUGAGUCGCUCCGAGCAGGACCAAUCUUGGGCACCCCACCGCCGAGGACGGGCCCAGCACGCGAGCCGCCAUCAGUUGAGCAAAGGUACAGAGAUGCCAUAGCAGCAGGUGUGCCUGACGAAUUCAUCCAAGACGCCCGGGAACGGGACCGUCUCAAAAGAGAGGAUCCGGACCUGGCUCGAGCAUUAGACGAGGCAGCAAGAUCAGAGCUAACACGAGGGCCUCAGCGGCAAGCAAGAAACGAAAGCGAUCAGAAUCAAGAUCACCCCGGACCUUCCGGAGACACAAGUGAUCCAAGUCAGACGAAUGGAGCACACCAGGCCGUUGAGAACCCAGCAAGCCAGGUGGACGGGGCCCAGUCGAGGAAUCAGGCUGCCAACCAGACUGCUGAAUAUUCCAAUGGUAGAAAUCAGACCGAUAGUGCAGAUGACCCUACUGCUCCUCAACCAGGCCAGAACGACGAGGGCCAGUCGACGACUACAGCUGCCAACCAAGCUCCUGAAGACACAAAUCAGUCCAGGGGCACAGCCAUAGGCCAGGCUGCUGAAACACACCCCGAUCAGACAGCCCCGGCUAAUUCGACAACGCCGUCUAUCAACCAAACUGUAGGCGAUAAUCCAGACCCAAUUGCAACACAGUAUGCGCCUCUCAUACAGAGGCUUGUGGGCGAGUAUCUCCAAGACCCGGAUGGCCGGGCUCUGGUGCCUCCGCCCAUGAGGCUGAUGACCCGAAUUCUGGCAUGGCAGCCGACCCUCGACGAUCCUAUCCUCGUAGCACGCAUCGCAGAGCUUGCGAUACACCGAUGGCGGGCGAGAAAUCCCAACGAUCUGACGAUACGGCACCGGGAGACAAUUUUUACCAUCGGGCCACCAACCCUUCUCCAACGGGCACGCGAAGCCCUUCACCGUCACAGGCGAGGCGAUCGACCCAGGCGGGAUGAUGUAUUACCACCUCCUAUUCCUCCAAUGGACGAUCAGGCUAAUCUCCAGCACGGCUCUGAUGUGAGACACCCCGAUGCAGUUGCUGCCGGUCUCCAGGCUCAGAAUGUGCGCGAGUGGCGUCGUGGGCCACGGCGACCGGACCGCGCAGGUCGAUCGCAGCCAGAGGGACUGCAGACUUUAGUGAAUAGACUGCAUGGAUCGCAUGCUACCCGGCCCCAACUCGAGGCUGCCGCUGAGGGCGACACGGAGUCCUCUGACGACGAUACUAGGGACUACGACGACUCUGACGAUUCUGACGAUUCUGACGACUCUGACGACUCUGACGAUUCUGACGACUCCGAGGAAGCACGCAGGGCGGCAGCACAUCGUGAGCGUAGACGUGCAGAGCGAGAAGCGCGACGCCUUCGCGCGGAAGAAGCGGAAGAACUCGACCUCGACGAUCUGGAUCUGAUUGGAGCUAUCCCUGAAGCACCUCGCACGCGCUACGAAGUCCGAGUUCAUCGAGAAGCUAUUCUUCGCAAUCGCCGCCUGACUUCCCCAGAUGAUGACGAGGAGGAUGACCUUGACGAGCUCGAUGCAAUCGGGGCCACUCUACCUGAAACACGUCGUAGAGGAACAACUCGAAGGUCGCCGCAGACAGUCCAAGCGGAUGGAAGGCAUUCAGAGACUAGCCCUGAAGCCUCAGCACGCCCAGAUGUACGACCUGGCCGAUCAAAUGCACCGUCACCUCCCAACAGAAGGCAAGACCGUAAACCGCGUGGGACCAAUGCUCGGACAGCUCGUUGGCCACCGCCAGAAGGGCGAGAGCCUUCACCGCUUCCACCCAGAGAACAGAAUCGUACACCUCGCUCGGCUCAUGGUUGGACAACUUUUGGGCCGCCACCACAGGGGCUAGAAGGUGCACCGCCUCCACCCAGGCAGUCUAAUCGUACACCUCGUGUGCCGCGCGAUGCAGAUCAGACCCAGCGAUUGCCAAGACUUGAAGACGUCGCUAGUCUUAUUCGUGUGCGAUACAGUGAUCUAUCCGGUCUUCCUGCGCCAAAUGAUGAGGAUCGAAGGCGUGUGGAAUGGUUUGAGGGCCGUGAACGUCAGGGGCAGCAGCAGCCAGCGGCUCCGAGUACACCAACGGCUCAAGUACAAUCAGAGAGCGUUCAAGGCGAUGUCACAAGUCAACAGGAGGGGACAGAUAUCUCCCCCUUGACAUUCCUGGAGCAACUUGUGGACCUCACACCAGGCAUGUAUUCCCCGCAGGCGCCUGCUUCUGUCAACGAUGCUCCGACUCCAACACCAGCUGCGCCGGAGGCACUACCCGAUAGUGCCGACGGAGAAGAUGUCGAUAGCUUGUUUGGAGAGCCAUCGGACGACGUUUUCGCUCACUUCGUCCAGGUCCCGCCAGAGCCCUGCCCGCCUGUCAAGCGCUUGCCACUUGCGCUGCCUAGUCUGCCAACUCCAAAAGCAAUGCUGGAGAAGCCAAUGUUGAAACCAUCGACUGAGUUGGACUACUCGAAGCUCUUGGAAAAGAUCCUCGAUGAUCCUGCAUUCUAUCCCGUGAAAGAGGUCUCACCAAGGCAUGUCAUCGAAGAGCAAGAAGAGGAACAAGCGAACGAGCCGAUGGAUGUCGAUGAGGACGAUGUUGAAAUGGAAGAGGCGCUUUUGCAGGAACUCGAGAAGCCAGAUGAGGACAUGGCGGAAGUCGACAAUGCUGAUGUCGUGUCCACGACGAGUAGUGCAAGAAGGCUGAUUGAUGUCUUCACAGGUCGUCCAGUGGGUGAAGAGGAAGAGACCGAGAGGCGCGACAGCUAUCGCGACCAGCAGCGAGAGCAGGAAGAGUGGCGUGGAAGUCAUCCGCACCAUCAUCGACGGUCGCAAUAA